GCCCCGCCCCCUGACCCGGAAGCGCUUUCCGGCAGGGUCAGCGCAAUGGCGGCGCCCGGCGGCUGCUGAGCGGUGGUCGGAUCCUGACAUCGGCGCCAUGAGGCUGAGCUGGGCCCGGGCACUCCCCCUGAGGCUGUGGGGGGGAUGCGGAGCCCCGAAGGCUGCUCGCCCCAUGUGCCACCGCAGCAGUGAUGCCCCAGAGCCACCAUCCGAUCACGGCCCCCAGACCACACCACGGGAUGAGGAGCGGGGGGGCCCCGCGGCCUUUGCAGCAGCACUGGCAGAACUGGAGCGGACACCAGGCCGGCGGCUGGGGCGCCUGGAGCUGGUGGCAGCUGCGCUGGCAGCUAUGCCGGCACUGGGGGUGGCCCGGCAGCGGGAUGCCUACAACCGGCUGCUGCGCCUGCUGCCCCGUGGGCCUUGGGUGCCACGGGGGCCCUUCCACCGCCUCUUUGCCCCCUUCCCGCGGCAGCAGGAGUGUGGCCUGCAGAUUCUGGAGCAGAUGGAGAGAUAUGGAGUGGUGCCGGAUGCAGAAACGCGGUUCCUGCUGCUGGCCAUCUUUGGGCCCCGCAGUCGUCCUGUGCGCAAGUGCCAGCGGAUGCUGUACUGGCUGCCACGGAUGCGCCAUGCCAACCCCUACCCGCUGCCUGCCCAAUUGCCCCCUCCUGGCCUGGCCGCUGCCUGCCUGGGACUGCGCCGCAUUGCCAAUGACCCCGACGCCCGUCUGAGUGUCUACCAGCAGCCCCAGCCAGAGCAGGGGGACAGCGAGGGCUCUGUGCAGCCCUACAUUGUCGGCAUCCAGAGUGCAGAACAGCAGGAGCUGCUGGCCCGGCACGGCCCAGAGCAUCCUGUCUUUGUGGAGGGACCGUUCCCACUGUGGCUGCGCAGCACUCGCCUGUUCUACUAUGUGCUGCGGGGAGACCCUCUCCCCCCCCAUCUGCGAGAACCUCCCCCCGACCCUGAGCGCAGCCUGUACUAUCCCCUGUACCUUGACCUGGACCUGGAGCGUGGCCCAUGGGAUGAUGAUGAGUUCGAUGUGGAUGAGGUGGAGGAGGGCCCCGUCUUUGCACUGUGCAUGGCAGGGGCUGGUGACCAGCGCACCUUGGCCAAGUGGAUCGCGGGUCUUCAGCAGACCAACCCUGUCCUUGGCCAGACGCCAGUGCUCUUCCGCCUGGGGGAUGGGGAUUCCUCUGCUGGUCCCCCUGGAGACAGGGAUGCACUGCACCUGGAGGAACCGGGGGCAGCCAAGCUGGAGCCCCCCGAGGUGGCGUGGAGCCGCCAGGCACAGGGAGAGGGAUGAGGGGGCCUGAGGGCAUGGUGGGGGGCAGUUUGUGUGCCUCCUUCCCGGGUUGUGGGUCAAUAAACGGAGGUGGUGUGGACGAAGA